AUGGGGACAGGGCUGCUAUGUCUAUUCACAUUCAUUGUCUUCUUAUUAGUCUUACUCAAUGUAUCAGAAUUCAGACAAAUUGUUAGAAGCCCAUCUAGUUUUACCACAGUAUUGCAGUAUAAUUCUAAUGCAAACAGUCUCAAUUCAUCCUUGCAGUCAUUUCUUCUGAGAACAGAUGAGAAUACUCAUGUGGGUUCUCAAGACAGUCAGAUCUUCAUCAACUGUAGCUGCCCACAUGAAGUUCAGAACUGCACAGAUGGUAUGAAGGAGUCUCUCACUGGAAUAGAAUAUGAUAAGAGGAAAGACAUAGAGAUUGGCUAUGAGUUCAGUAUUCUGAUUGGAAUCCUGACAAGGGCAGAUCUGUAUGAAAGAAGACAUUUCCUUCGUAUGAUUUAUGGAAGCCAAUCCACAGCUCAUGCAAAAGUAGACGUGAGAUUUGUGUUCUGCAAUCUGACAAAGGAGGAUCAAAGAAUCCUUGUGCCUCUGGAGAUCAUGAGCUACAAUGAUAUCAUCAUACUGAACUGUGAAGAGAACAUGGACCAAGGUAAGACUUAUACUUAUUUCUCCAGUUUGCCAAAGACUGGAUUGCAGUAUGAUUAUGUUAUGAAGGCAGAUGAUGACGUUUUCUUUAGGAUUGACAAGUUGGCUGAGUCACUGAAGCCUUUGCCAAGGAUUGACACUUACUAUGGCUUUGUUUUACCAUGUGAGAAAAUGGAUCCUUUUGACAAGUACAUGUCUGGUAUGGGAUAUGCACUUUCAUGGGAUUUGGUCAAGUGGAUUGAGGAGUCUCCUAUUGCUAAGAAUAAUUCAGUGGGGCCAGAGGAUCUGAUGGUAGGGAGAUGGUUAGAUGAAGGGAAGAAGGCUAAGAAUAGGUUUAACAAUAAGCCUGCCAUGUAUGACUUUCCUUUCUCCAAUCCCCCUUGUUCUCAUGAAUUCAUUCCUGAGACCAUUGCUGUACAUAAGCUCAAGGACAGGGUGAGGUGGUUCACUGUCCUCAACUACUUCAGUUAUACAUCUAAACUCAAGGAAUCCAAGCUGUAUCAUAUAUACUAG